AUGCCUAAAUCCAAUCAAGAAGUAGAGAGUCAUAUUCUCAAAGCUCUCGAAUCCCUCUCUGAGCAAACAAAACCCAAUAUCGCGAAAACUGCCGGAGAAUUCGCGGGACCUGAGAGCCGCCUCUGUGGAGGCUGGAAAGGGAGAGAGUCGCUAUUUGCACGACAACCCAAUGGACGGAGGCUUAAUUCUGCACAAGAGAAGGCUUUAUGCGAGUAUAUUGAUUACUUUGAUGAGGUCGGGGCCUCAAUAAAUCGCAGGCAAAUUGUGAUCGCAGCCAAUUCUAUCCUCGAGGAAGCCCACCAGGACGCAUCGACACCACCACCACAAAUCGGAGACCACUGGCUACGGCGCUUCCUUAAACGUAAUCCCCAGUACCAUGUGCGACGCCGGCGAGCCCUUGAUGUUGAGAGAGCUACUGCGCUUGAUGAAUACUCUGAGAACGGGAUACAGCAGCAAGACAUCUACAAUUUUGAUGAAACUGGCUUCCAAAUUGGUGUCGGUCGCGAUCAAUUUAUCAUCACAAGGGAACCUAAAAAGAAGCUGUUCAACGGGUCAAUCACUAAUCGCGAAUCUGUCACGGUUUUAGAGGCUGUUUCUGCCGAUGGUUUUACCUGCCCGCCACUCAUCAUUCUCAGUGCAAAACAGGCUUUAUUACGCUGGUUCGAUGCCAUCCAAGAAGAUGAGCACAUAACCGUGACUGAUACUGGCUACUUCAACGAUACACUGGCAUAUCAGUGGAUUCAGCUGUUCCACAAGUGGACAAUUGGUCGUACACUCGGUCCGAAAAGGCUUGUCAUCUGCGAUCGUUUUGGGUCGUAUUUAACGCGUCAAUUUGUCCAUUUCUGUGAGGAGAAGAAUAUCAUACUCUUCUUCUUACUCUCUCAUACUAGCCAUAUUCUACAGCCUCUCGAUGUCGGCGUAUUUAGCGUCUAUAAGCACUGGCACAGUGAGGCUGUAGAGGCCGCGACAAUGUCGGGAUGUCGCAAAUUCUCGAAGGACGAAUUUCUCCACUCCAUUGGAGAGAUCAGACGAAAGACCUUCCGGCCGCAUACAAUCAAGCUUGGAUUCAAAUUGACUGGCCUCUGGCCUAUCUAUCAAUUCCAAGCUUAUCACGGAUGA